AUGUCGUCCUCAUCAUCCGAUGGAGUAGAUGAAGCUUUUGAAGAAUAUUUUGACGAAGAAUUUGAUAAUAUCCUCAACUCCCUACUUGAUGAACAAGCCACCAACCCAAAGAAACGGAAUUAUAUCGAAAGAGAUCGGGAACAAGGCCACAUUCAACUAUGGAACGACUAUUUUGACGAAAAUCCUACUUACACAACGGACAUGUUUAGGCGGCGUUUUAGAAUGAACAAACCAUUGUUCCUUCGCAUUGUCGAGCGGCUAACUACAGGUGUUCCGUACUUUCAGCAACGAGUAAAUGCUCACGGAAGGAAAGGGCUCUCACCACUUCAAAAAUGUACGGCAGCUAUACGUAUGCUCGCAUAUGGUCAAUCGGGAGAUACGUAUGACGAAUAUCUCCGACUCGGUGAAAGUACUGCUCUUUUAUGUUUGGAACAUUUUACUAAUGGGAUAAUACACUUUUUUGGUGAUGAGUAUCUAAGAAUACCUACGGCAGAAGAUCUUCAACGAUUACUCGAUAUUGGAGAGGCACGCGGGUUUCCCGGGAUGAUUGGCAGCAUUGAUUGUAUGCAUUGGGAGUGGAAAAACUGCCCAACGGCUUGGAGAGGGCAGUACACACGAGGUCGAGCACCUAAAGUUAAAUUCAAGGUCAACAACCACACUUACCGUAUGGCGUACUACCUUACUGACAGAAUUUAUCCAAAUUGGUCGACAUUUAUCCAAUCUAUCUCACUUCCUCAAGGUGAUAAAGCAGAGCUGUUUGCUAAACAUCAAGAAUCCACCAGAAAAGAUGUCGAACGAGCUUUUGGGGUAUUGCAAGCGAGGUUUGCAAUAGUCAAAAACCCAGGCCGACUAUGGGACAAGGAAAAGUUAGGGAAGAUUAUGAGAUGUUGUAUCAUAUUGCACAAUAUGAUUGUGGAGAACGAACGAGGCAAAUACAGUCUAACUGAUACUUCUCAGUUCGAGUCAGGAGAGUCGAGCAGAGGUUCGAAGGUCACAAGGCGAGAAAGUUUGCAUUCCACUAACAUGCUAGGCAUGCGCAAUGAAGUUCGAGAUUCAGGAAAACAUGAACGUUUGAAAGCUGAUUUAGUUGAAAAUGUAUGGCAAACAUUUGGAAACGAUCAAUAA